CCUACAUCGAUUCAAUUCCUGCUUCCAGCCUUCCAGAGUUCCAGUAAUCCAGUCGGGCUCUCUCUCCCCUUCGACAAUCGACGCCGUCCUCUUCCCCGUGCUCCGGUGGUCUGCAUCCCCACCAGCCCUGUCGGCCGCCGGCCAUCUGUCGCCGCCUGUGAGCACGCGAAGGCGGACCACCCAGCUGCCAAGGGUUUCUCCCCCUCCGGAGGCGAAGGGGGAGUGAGAAGCACCGGGAGGAUGGCGAGCGUGUACAUCCCGGUGCAGGGGACAGAGGAGGAGGUCCGGGUGGCGCUGGACCAGCUCCCCCACGACGCCUCCGACAUCCUCGACAUUCUCAAGGCCGAGCAGGCCCCGCUUCACCUCUGGCUCAUAAUCGCGAGAGAAUACUUCAAGCAAGGAAAGAUAGAACAGUUCCGUCAGAUUCUAGAGGAAGGAUCUGGUCCUGAAAUCGAUGAGUAUUAUGCCGAUGUGAAGUAUGAACGAAUAGCAAUCCUUAAUGCUUUGGGUGCUUUCCAUACUUUCUUGGGAAAGGUUGAGAGAGCACCACAGAAGGAAGCACAUUUUAAAGAUGCCACUCAAUAUUACAAUAGAGCAUCAAGGAUAGAUGAAACAGAACCUUCUACGUGGAUUGGAAAAGGUCAACUCUGUGUGGCCAAGGGUGAGUUGCAAAUGGCGUCUGACUCAUUCAAGAUUGUGUUGGAUGAAGAUGGAAACAAUUUUCCGGCUCUACUUGGUCAGGCCUCUGUUUACUUUUUGAUGGGUGAAGCAGAGCAGCAGCACAAAAAAUCCCUGGAGCAUUAUAGGAACGCACUAGACCUCUACAAGCGAGCUCUGCGAGCAUAUUCUGAUUGUCCUGCUGCUGUAAGGCUUGGCAUAGCCUUUUGCCGAUAUAAACUUGGACAAGUAGAAAAAGCUCGGCAAGCUUUUCAGAGAGUUUUACAGCUGGACCCUCAAAAUGUUGAUGCUUUAGUGGCAGUAGCAAUCAUGGACUUGCAAACAAAUGAAGCUGGUGGGAUUCGCAGAGGAAUGGAGAAAAUGAAAAUAGCAUUUGAAAUUUAUCCUUAUUGUACAUUGGCACUCAACCACCUUGCGAACCAUUAUUUCUUUACUGGCCAACAUUUUGUGGUUGAACAAUUGACUGAGACUGCUCUCUCUUCAAGCAAUCAUGGACUACUGAAAUCACAUGCUUACUAUAACUUAGCCAGAUCAUACCACAGUAAGGGGGACAUUGAGACUGCUGGACGAUAUUACAUGGCAUCUGUUAAAGAAAUCAGUAAACCACAAGACUUUGUGUUACCAUAUGUUGGACUUGGUCAAAUACAAUUAAAAUUUGGAGACUUCAAAAGUUCACUAACUAGCUUUGAGAAAGUGCUGGAGGUACACCCUGAAAAUUGUGAAAGUUUGAAGGCUAUUGGGCACAUACAUGCAAAAUCUGGUGAAACUGAAAAAGCUAUAGAAACCUUCAAGAAAGUUACCCGGAUUGACCCCAAAGAUCAUCAGGCAUUUGUGGAACUUGGUGAAUUGUUGGUAGAAUCUGACUGGGCUGCUGCUAUGGAAUACUUGAAGACGGCCCGUAAUCUCCUCAAGAAGGCAGGGGAGGAUGUUCCUGUUGAGUUGCUCAAUGGAAUUGGACUUCUUCAUUUUGAGAAGGGAGAGUUUGAGAUGGCUGAACAAAGUUUUAAGGAAGCACUAGGUGAUGGUCUUUGGGUUUCAAUUAUGGAUGGGAAAGUAGGUAGCUCUAUGGUCAACUGGAGUGGUCAGUAUAAGGAUCAGAGUUUCUUUCACCAACUUGAAGAGGAAGGUGUGCCUCUUGAGUUACAUUCAAAUAAGGUCACCACACUGUUUAAUUAUGCAAGAUUACUGGAAGAACGUCAUGAUUCUGUCAGAGCAAGCCUCUUUUACCGUUUCAUUAUUUUCAAGUACCCUGACUACAUAGAUGCCUACCUGAGGCUAGCGGCUAUUGCGAAACAAAGAAACAAUGCCCAACUGAGCAUUGAACUGGUAGGUGAUGCUUUAAAGAUAGAUGAGAAGAACUCGAAUGCGUUGUCUAUGCUUGGAAGUCUUGAGCUCCAGAGUGAUGAAACCUGGCUUACCGCAAAGGAGCAUUUCCGUAAUGCUAAGGAGGCCACCAAGGGAGAUGCCUACUCUUUGCUUCAAUUGGGGAACUGGAAUUACUUUGCAGCCAAUCGCCCUGAGAAAAAGGCCCCGAAAUUUGAGGCUACUCAUAGGGAGAAAGCCAUGGAACUCUAUCAGAGUCAAGUACUAAAGCAGCAUCGUAGUAAUAUGUUUGCUGCAAAUGGUAUUGGAAUCUUAUAUGCUGAAAAAGCCAAAUGGGACGUUGCUAAGGAGUUGUUUACACAGGUACAUGAAGCUGCAUCUGGAAGUAUAUUUGUACACAUGCCUGAUGUAUGGAUCAAUCUGGCUCAUGUAUAUUUUGCUCAAGGUCAUUUUCAACAAGCAGUUAAAAUGUACCAAAAUUGCCUGCGGAAGUUCUUCAACAACACAGAUGCAACUAUCCUUUUAUACCUUGCCCGAACACACUAUGAGGCUGAGCAAUGGCAAGACUGCAGGAAAACUUUGCUGAGAGCUAUACAUUUGGCUCCAUCAAAUUAUUUGCUAAGGUUUAAUGUAGGUGUGUCAAUGCAGAAAUUCUCAGCUUCUACUCUGCAAAAGACAAAACGAACAGUUGAUGAGGUUCGUGCCACAGUCAGUGAACUUCAGAAUGCUAUUAGAGUGUUCAGUCUGUUGUCUGUUGCAUCUACGUACCAUUCCCAUGGUUUUGACGAGAGGAAAAUAGAAACUCAUGUUGAGUACUGCAAACAUUUGCUUGAUGCUGCUAAGGUUCACCGUGAUGCAGCUGAGCAAGCUGAGCAGCAAAACAAGCAAAAAAUGGAAGUUGCCCGCCAGAUUGCUUUGGCAGAGGAAGCUCGCCGAAGGGCAGAAGAGCAGAGGAAAUUCCAGUUAGAAAGGAGGAGGGAAGAGGACGAGCUAAAGCAAAUAAAGCAACAGGAGGAACACUUCGAGCGUGUGAAGGAACAAUGGAAAACAUCCAGCCACACCCCUGGCAAGAGAAAAGAUAGAUCCAAGAACGAAGAUGAAGAGGGGGUAAGUGAAAAGAGGAGGAGGAGGGGUAAUAAGAGGAGGAAGGAUCACAAGACAAAGAUGCAGUACGGGGAGGAGGGAGAAGAUGAAUACAGAGAUGAACCAGAAGGAGAAGAUGACUAUGCAAACUUGUUGAGGGAUAACGACGGUGACAAUUCAGAGAGAGCUCCUGAUCACCUUCUUGCUGCUGCUGGUCUUGAGGAUUCUGAUGCUGAAGAUGACAUGGGACAUCCUCAAUCUGCAAUAGAACGGAAGAGACGAGCUUGGUCAGAAUCUGAAGAUGACGAGCCAGUCCAGAGACCAGCAGCACAAGCUAGCCCGGGCACGAAUGAUUUGAGUGAAUGAAAGAAACAGAGUGAGUGAAGAUGAUGUUGUACAUCAUGUUGAAUUGUAGCUUAGGGUUGUGUUUGGUUGGCUUCCAACUCACGCCCAAGGUCAGGCGUGCCGAACAUGAGGUCAGUGUUUGUUUAGCUUCCAGACUUGUGGCGUGCCGCAUCCGUGUAGUGAUUUUGUACGCCGAAACUUGCCGAAUGUGCGGCGCUCGUUUUGAUCGUCUGUAACCGAUUGACAGUAAUUCUGUAAUCCAAAAAAUCCUAUAUCGAUUAGUCUGGCAGAGAUGACCUAGGUAGUUUGUUUAAUCACAUCCGUUUUAUGAAGGUGUUUAAUAUGUUUC